CACAGAUGGAUGCAAGCUGCAACAAAGGUCUGGAAUUAUACGUCAAUGUGCUUGUUCAUAAAGAGCCUAUAUUGCAUAGAAGGGAACCUUUUUGUGCUGUUAAUAAAAUGAACGGAUCGAACACCCCGUCCUGUCCUCCAGGGCUGCGGUUGUCCCUGGAAAGCGCGCACGCGACAGAUCUUGGCAGCUAUGGGAAACUCCAGCUGGUUACAACGCCGCGUCAGGAAGGUAUAGCGACGGAAAGUCGGGUCCUCGAAAUAGGUUGGACAGCGCAUCAGACACGCUGCGCUGGCGACCAUUCCCAUCGCAUUACGAUUGAGUGAUCGCAAUCAUGUUGUCGGCGAAAUACGUCCUCGGCCUGGCCUUGGCCAUCGGUCAGGCUCAAGCGCUGUACUUCUACAUGGACGGCACGGCACCCAAGUGUUUCUACGAGGAUCUUCCGAAAGACACAUUGGUUCUGGGCAACUUCAAAUCUUCACACUGGAAUGAGCAGAGCAGGAAUUACGUCCUCAGAUCAGACAUUGGCAUCCGCAUUACCGUUGACGAGACAUUCGAUAAUGAUCACCGCAUCAUCAACCAAAACAGCGGCGCCGAAGGCAAAUUUACCUUCAGCGCUGCCGACGCCGGCGAACACCGCAUUUGCUUCACUCCAAUGGGCGGCCAACACACCAGCGGCUUCCUCUUCUCCGGUUCUCAAGUUGGCGGUAUCAAAUUCGAGCUGGACAUGAUCAUUGGCGAGACCUCCAAAAUCGAAUCCAACGACAAGUCCAAGAUCAGCGAGGCAGUUCAAAGGGUCAUGGAUAUCAAUGCUCGGUUAGCGGACGUCCGUCGUGAGCAGGUCUUCCAGAGAGAGCGCGAGAUGGAAUUCCGGGACCAGAGCGAGACCGUCAAUGCGAGAGUGGUGCGCUGGACCUUGAUUCAGCUGGUAGUUUUGGGAGUAACUUGCGCCUGGCAGUUGACUUACCUACGAGCUUUCUUCAUCAAGCAGAAGCUCACUUGAAGAAGAUAUGUUGUAAUGCUGGAGUUACCAUUGGGAAUGAAUCUAAUCUGGCUUUUCUCAACAUUCCCAAAACUCUGCGUGCUGACUUGGAAUAAUAUCAGUGCAUCACAUACGCUUUGAAAGAAGAGCUGACAGCGUGAUACAGCUAGUGCAUACCCUGUCUGCCAUCUUCGCUGUAUUCUACGUCUUCACCAUUUAAGCGAGAUAUGCUUUUGCACUACGCACCAUUUUUCCUAUCCAUGCAGCCGCUCCUCACAUAGCGAUCGAAUCCCUGUGCCAUUAUUGAUUUCACGCGAUACUUUUUCAGAAAAGCAUGCCGCCUAGCGUCGCCAUAUUCCCAGUCUACAAUUGGCACGAGUGCCUCCAGUACUGCAGUAUAGGGGUGGCGACUUGCUUUCAUAGCAAGGGACAUGCUGUGAGUGACCUGGCAGGUAUCAGAACCGAGGCUAAUUGAAUCUGGCACGCAAUCUGCACCGACUCAAGUCCUU